AUGGAGGCAUCCACCAAUGGGUCCAGCUUUGGGAUCGACUCUUUACUUUCCCACAGACCUGGAAGUCCGGUCAUGUCGAAAGGGGACAGUUUGGUGGGAGAGUGCCGGUCACCGCUGGAGUUCAGCCCGAGGUCUGACCUAGAGAGCGGCUGCUCCUCUCCCCCGUCGCCGAGGAGGGAGUGUGUGGAUGAGGCAUCGCAGAGGCAAGAUCACGCUAUAGGGCUGCCGCCCCAUCUCCAACAAGGACAGAUCUCCGCCGGGUCACAGCCGCGGACGGUCACCUCCUCCUUUCUGAUCAGAGAUAUUCUAGCUGACUGCAAACCGCUAGCCGCCUGCGCCCCAUACUCCAGUAAUGGCCAGCCAACUCAAGAAACGGGGCGACUUGCCUCCAAACUCGCAGACGACUUCAUGGACAAAAUCCAUAGCAACUCGUCGUCAGACAGCGAAUACAAAGGUAAAAGACUGACAAGCAUAAUGUUUUUAAAUCAAUUACGCCUAUUUAUCACAUAAUUUCAAAUGGAAUUUUUGUAGGCCUGCUAUUCUAAACUCGUCUGCAUUUGUGUGUUAGCUUUAUGCAGAUAUUGGGAUAGCCUGCAGUAGCAGUUGAUUUGCUAUAUCAUUCAUUUUAACUCAACAUUUUUGUAAUCAAACGUGUGUAAAAUACCUGUCCAUGUUUCAAAGUGUUUCUCAAGGUGUCAUGGUUUUACAUUUUGACUUGCCUCGGAAGGCUAGGGAGAUAGUAUUGUACUAUGCUUGCAGAAACUGAAUCCCAUCUAAAAUGUAUCAAAUCAAAUAUAAAAUGAUAUGGAACAUGAUAUUAUUAUUAUUAUUAUUAUAUGUACACUAUUACAUUAUGACUGUAAACCCUAUAGAGAUUAAUCGCUUGUGUGCCCCCCCCAAAAAAAAACAAAAAUAAAAAAUAAAAUAAAAUAAAAUGCUGGCAAAUGGUGAGAGUUUACCAACAAUAUUAUCUUGGACAAUAUCAGAUUGGCUAUAGUUACGUUAACUGAAAAGGAUGACACUAACCUUUUCUUUAAGUAUUGAAUCCACACUGUUGAUAUUCUCCAAUGAUUUGGUGUCAAACCGUUUUUCCUUUCAAACGCAUUUGCUUGCAUUAGCAGACGUCUUGAAAGCAUCUGUUGAUGUCAGGGAGGCAAGAGAAAAGCUCGGGAAAAGAUGACAGGGUCGCCUCCAGAUAAAUGCCAUCAAGGAUCUGUCGGUUUCCAAUCAUGUCAGCCACCUCGAUUGUCAGUUUAAUGAUGCAGCGCAUGGACAAAAAUAAGUCAUCCGUUGAUAGGCGAGGACAAUUCCUGCUUGCAGGAAUUAGUCAAUAGAAAUGUGGUUAGAAAUAUAAUACUAACAUAUAAUACUAAAUAUUUAUCUGAUUAACUUAUACAACCAAAACACAAAAUAUAUCCACCCCCUUAUUGUUAAAAAGAAAAUGGCAGGUUACCGUGACACAAAAGUUUAUAAUAAGGUUAUUUUAUUAGUAUUCAUAUUAUUAUUAUUGUUAUUAUUCCUUAGACUAUUGAUUAAUAGUAGGCAUAUUAUUUAGGCCCACAUGUUAUUUAUACUAUAGUGAACAAUGUUAUUACAUCAAUCCUUCAUAGCAAGGGUUUAACGUCUUUCCUGCAGGUCAAUGACUUCACCUCAGUUUUAAAAAAAGAAACAUGAACAUGAAUAACACAUCAUUCUAUUUUGGAUACAGUGUGUGUGUGUGUGUGUGUGUGUGUGUGCGUGUGUGUGUGUGUGUGUGUGUGUGUGUGUGUGUGUGUGUGUGUGUGCAUGUGUGUGAUAGAUUCUCAUUGAUAUCAACGCAGUCAAUUCAGCUCCAAAAACCUUGUAGGGACUAGUAUGCUGCUUUAAUUUCAACGAAUCCGCCUCCUAAUAUUUUGGGGAUUUGAUGCAAUUUGUCCCAGUGCUAAUCAGAUUUGUAACCCGCAAGACCGGCCGGCUCUUUAUUUCGCUCUUAUCCGCAGCCCUGUGAAGUUUCUCCGGUCGCGGUUUAUGGCUCCCUUCCCUUGUGGCUCAAUUAGCCGGAUUAUUGUGCUUCUUGAGAGACGACUCAACUAUUCAGCUAGCAAGAGCUCUCACCUCGUGUAGCUUCUUUUUGGAGAGAAGCGUGGGACGGGGGAGGAUUAACUGAGAAUUGUAUAUUAUUACAGUUCAAGACCCAACACAACAGCAAAGUAAAGAAUAUAACAAAUGGGAAUGUUACACACAUUACAUUGCCGAAACAAUGUCUUAAAAUGUGCUAAAAAUAAGGGCCAUUAAUUUUUUUGAUAGGCUACGUCUUCAUAAAAACUCUAGGCGCAAUGGAGAGUGGCCUAAAGUCCUCCAACACUGGAUUACCAAAGCUAGGCUAUAUGAAUUUGUUUAAAAAACGUUAAACUUUUAAAUAUGUCCAUUUGUAAAUGUAGCUAGGCCUACAUUUAGACUAAAUCCCAUUCCUGUCCAUACAUGUGCAUAUAGGCCUAACCUAGGCCUAUGGGCCUGUUUAAUCAACCUGGUCUCAGAGCAUUUCACAUUAUUCUGUACAUAAAUCCGAGAAACUCCAUAUAGUAUGGUAUGUUAAAUUUCGUACGGUUUGUAUUCAUUUGUGGAUGUCCAUCACCCAUUUCGUAUGAUAUGUUACGAAUUACAAUUCGUAUUAUAUGUUCCCGAAUUUGCAAAAUGUACAAUAUGUUCCGAAUUUGAAAAACCUAUAAUAUGUUAUGAAUUUGAAAAACAUACUAUAUGUUACGAAUUCUAGCUAGCUCACUAACUUUAGCUAUAGCUAGCUUGCUAACGUUAGCUAGGCUAGGGAUUAGGGUUAGGGGAAGGGGAAGGGUUAGCUAACAUACUAAGUAGUUGCAAAGUAGCUAAAAAGUAGUCAUUAGUUGAAAAGUUGCUAAUUAGCUAAAAUGCUAAAGUUGUCCAUGAUGAGAUUCGAAAUCACAACCUAUAUGCAGACCCAUCCACCCCGACCAUCCACCCUAAUUUCAUUAUUGCCUUAAAACCCUCUGUUUUAUGUAACCAUACCAAAAGUAACAUAUCAUCCUAAAUGGAGUGUUUUGGAUUAAUGUACAAAAUAAUACGAAAUGCUGAGAGCAGGUUGGUUUAAUGAUCUUACACAUCACUUUGAUAAGCUUUAUGAACAUUUUAAAUAUAUAUUUGUUCUUGUUGUUGUUGAGUGUUUCAUGUUUGUGUAUAGCUUACAGACGAAAGAGACCUUGGUCUCAGCACGACUCCCUGUUAAAAUAAAGGUUAUUCUAUUCUUGUGAGCAGUGAAAGAGGAAGGAAGCCGAGAGAUCUCGAGUAGUAGGGACAGUCCGCAUCACAUUCGGCUGAAGAAACCUAGGAAGGCGCGAACAGCCUUCACCGACCACCAGCUGGCCCAGCUCGAGCGCAGCUUCGAACGGCAGAAGUACCUGAGCGUACAAGAUCGGAUGGAGCUGGCCGCUUCCCUCAACCUCACAGACACACAGGUCAAAACCUGGUACCAGAACAGGAGGUAAGCACUACCACACUAGGUUGCCUUUAGUUUAAUUACACAAAUUAUAACCAAUUUAAAAGGACGAUAAGUACUUUGAUAGUGGGAUAUAGGCUGAACGGAUGAAUGCAGUGAGUUUAGGCCAACAUAGAAUAUGUGUGCGCGCGAGCACCUGUCAGCUCCUCACCUCCAGACAGAAUGAUUUUCUCAUCUCAGUCAACUCAUUGGUCACAUUUGCAGCCAGGUCACAUUGGUCGAUUUUAUUUCUCAAAACUUGUGCACACUGCAUCAAUUCCUUCACGAUAAAGGAGAAAAAUAUAACAGAGAAAUUAAAACAAAAAACAUCUUGUGAUUCAAAUACUGAACGGUAGACGGUAUAAAUAUUUGUUGUUCUUAAUCAUUUUUGGAGGGGGAAAAAUCCAAAUGGUUUUCUAAUGAAGCUUUGACAUUCAGACAGCAAAACGACAUUAAUAAAUAUAAAAACACAACACUUUGGUGCAUUAAUAAUAUAUUGUUGCAUGUAUGCCAUAUCAAUAAUUCACCCACGCUACUACAUUUACUCAAUUAUUAUAAUUAUGAAUAAUUUACCUGAUAGAGGAGUGCUUUUCAAUUGACAAUCUGAAUCUGACAGAUUACCCCUCCAUGUGAAUACGAGUGACGGAGGACUGAUUGAACAGAAUAACCGAAAUGCGUAACUGAGUAUAGCUACACUUUCAAUCUUUAUUAGAAAAAUAGUGGAAGACUUCGACACAUUUCUGACCCCAUGAUGAAAUCAAUACAAUCCCAAACCGAAAAGCACGCAUUGAAUACAGAUGUUUCCAACUGACUGAACUUUAAUGACUGAAAUUAUAUUUGCAUUUAAAACCCCACAAUGGAAAAUAACAUUGCUCUUGUGCUAAGAAAAUAUGCUACAUGUUUUGUUAGGAAGUCCUAAAUUCAUUAACAAAAAUCUAAUUUCGUUUAAAUUGAACCAUGUAUCUUAUUUGUGCAUGCAUUUUCAACGGGUUUUCACAAAUUGCAUUUUUUUACGCAUGCAGAUGUGAUUGAAUUAUAAACUUUAUAAUCCGAGUCUUAUAAUAAAAUAUUUUAACUGUACUUUUCAAACUUGUUUAUAACUUUACAAUGAGAGUUUCCCUUACUAAUAUCCACUGUUUCUUGUCUGAAUAGAACAAAGUGGAAGAGGCAGACGGCAGUUGGACUGGAACUGUUAGCGGAGGCUGGAAAUUACUCUGCUCUUCAGAGAAUGUUUCCGUCGCCCUAUUUCUACCCUCAAAGCCUGAUGUCCAACCUGGACCCCGGAGCGGCGCUCUACCUGUACAGAGGACCCUCGGCGCCCCCUCCGGCUCUGCAACGACCUCUCGUUCCGCGGAUUCUUCUCCAUGGUCUGCAGGGGGGUAGUGAACCACUCCCACUCCCCCCUCACUCCGGUGUGCUUCCCCGGCCAACACAGCAGCGGUGA